UCUCUGCGGAUUGGAUCGCCGCAAUCGAAGUGGUACGUUAGCGUUACGUAUACUGAGACAUUUUACAUAUUUUCCACUUUUGCAUAUUUUACGAUUUCUUUGCAAAUGAAUUUGUAAGGAUUGAGAGAAAUAGACGAAGUCGCUGAUCGGAGUUACGUUGUAGAUGCACGUACAUGUAUGGUACAUGAAGACCGGUACUGGAUUUUUCUCCUUCCUGCAAACACCACUGCAUCGAUGGAAUGGUUUGAAGGUUGAGCUGCAUUAUACGGAACAGAGCCGUCCUCAUUUCCGAUCUUGCCAGGUGGGCGAUUGAGAUCCAACCCUGAAAUUACUGAGUCCUUUCAGCAAAUGGAUUCUUGUUGGAAAGCCAUCGUUUCUCGGGUGUUUUCCCAUCUCAACACCGCCGCGGUACGGAAUGAUGUUCAUGUAUGUAUGAUCACUACAAGUCUGGCCGCGAGUCCUACAAUGUAGAUGAUGGAAAUCAGAAUGACCAUCGUACUCAAGAGCGCGUCACGGUCGUUCAAACCCUGAUGAACCUUGGUGAUCCGUCUCGGUUCCCCGUUCAUCCCCUGCUUAUCCAAGUCAAUCUGAGUGAAGUCACAACAAAUUAAGAAGAGAGAGAGGGGGGGUGUAGGCCGAUAGGCAUGGAUGAGGGCAGCUGCUGACCUUUGUCAUUCCACGGAGAAGGCUUGUUCAGGUGAACAUGCUAAUUGGAUUUUUUUUUUUUUUUUUCUAAAAAAGUACAAACGCUUGGCAAUUUAAACGUCAACACAAACAUUUGUGAGUUGUGAGCCUCCACAGUGCCCUGUCUGUACAGCAGCAAUGAAGCAAGUGGGUUUGCUGUCAGCUGGCUGUCAGCCAUGGAACAGCGAUGUGGUCGCCACCAGUGGAGAUAGAUUUGCUUACUGUGCAACGCUGGCCAUUUAUGUGUACCAGUUGGACCGUGAUCUCAAUGAGUUCAAGCUCCAUGCAAUUAUGUCAGAGCACAAGAAGACAGUCACCGCCAUACGCUGGCAUCCCACUAAUCCCGACCUCUUCGCCAGCGCUGGUUGUGAUUGCCGUCUCUAUCUUUGGGAUGUGGCGCGCCAGUGCACGGUGGCCACAAUGGAGUACACCAAGUGCAUGCCCAAGUGCCUGGAUUGGUGCCUGCUGGAGUGUGAGGUGCUGACCUUCAUCCAGGGCCGGGGCCCGCUCAUGAUGUGGCAGUUUCACCAGGGGGCAGAGCUUUCCCCCCACCGUGAGGCCCAGGGCUUUGCCUCAGAUGUGUGCAAGUUUCGCUGGCACCACAAGAACAUCGGAAAGGCUGUGUUUGGCCAUGCAGAUGGUAGCCUGUCAUUUCUAUAUGCUGGUGGUAAAAUAUACAGGCAUGUUGUGAAGUUGGAGUCAACCAACAGUUCAGAGGAAGAUGACCCCGUGAUUGAUUUGGAGUGGGAUCCCUUGUCAGAUGACUACCUCCUGGUGGCCAAUCGCCACCUCGGCGUGCGGCUGAUCGACGGCACCUCGCGGGUGGCAUUCAUGAAGUUUGAGCUGCCAAGUGCCAUGGCAACGGUCAAGACUCUGGCGUGGGUGCCUUCUGCACCGGGCAUGUUCGUAACGGGAGAUACAAGUUCAGGAGUUCUCCGACUAUGGGGUGUCUCAAAAUCGACGCCCAUCCUGAGCCUCGGUCUCAAGAAGAUGGGCUUCCACGCCCUCAAAGUGUUCAGCACCUCCCCCAGCGUCGCCUCCACCAAGCAGUCGGACACCCCCCUCCACCGGGACAUUUCCUCCACCAGCCAGGCCUCCCCGCCGCCCAGUGCAAACACCCUGAACUCAUACCGGUUGCCGCCAGGCCAUGCAGUCUGUACAUUCCUGGACGGGGGUGUAGGGCUGUACGACUUCGGGAAGAGGAGGUGGGAUUUUCUCAGGGAGCUGGGUCAUGUUGAAACUAUCUUUGAUUGCAAGUUCAAACCGGAUGAUGCCAAUCUCAUUGCCACUGCAUCAUUUGAUGGUACCAUGAAAGUGUGGGACAUCAACACACUCACUGCUGUCCAAACAUCACCUGGGAAUGAAGGGGUCAUCUAUUGCUUAUCGUGGGCACCAGCUGAUCUGAACUGUAUUGUGGCAGCAACUUCUAAAAAUGGAGCCUUCAUUUGGGACCUGACAAGAGGGCGCAUUAUUAAGAGAUUCUUGGAGCACGGUAAAAACAGCGUGUACUCAGUGGCAUGGAACCAGAAAGACCCCAAGAGAAUAGCUUCAUGUGGAGGGGACCACUAUUGCAUUGUCCGGGAGGCUGAUGGCAAGUUGCUACAGAAGUACAGACAUCCAGCAUCUGUGUUUGGCUGCGACUGGAGCCCGAACAACAAAGACAUGAUCGCCACCGGGUGUGACGAUGGCAAAGUCCGGGUCUUCUACAUUGCCACGGCAACGGAUCAACCCUUAAAGGCGUUUCUAGGCCAUGUGGCCAAAGUGUUCAAUGUGAAGUGGUCGCCACUAAGAGAGGGUAUUCUGUGCAGUGGAUCAGAUGAUGGGACGAUACGGGUUUGGGAUUACACUCAGGACAGCUGCAUCAUAGUUCUGGAGGGACACAGGGCACCAGUCAGAGGCCUGCUCUGGAACCCAGAGGUCCCUUACUUAUUAAUAUCAGGAAGCUGGGAUUACACCAUCAGAGUCUGGGAUACAAGGGACGGAGCCUGCCUUGACAACAUCUUAGACCAUGGUGCUGACGUCUACGGCCUGACAUCCCACCCCAACCAGCCAUUUGUUCUGGCAUCUUGCUCGCGAGACUCCACCCUGAGGAUUUGGUCCCUGGCCCCACUGGUCACUACGCUGCAGCUCAGCAUCAUCGCCAGGAGACCACUGGAGGAGAUCAUCGGCACAGCAGAGCAUUCCAUGGCAAUGAAUACAUCAACGGUCAUGGCGGGCCGCAUGUCACGGGAACUCAAGCAGAAGUUAGAGCAGUACAGGGGAGAUCUUGACAACAGCAUGGCCUUACGCUGGUUCUCACAUCUUUUCUCACCGCCCGGGGGUUCCCGAAUCUUGUGGGAGUUGGUGUCUAUCCUCAACGGUCAAGAUGACAGCCUGCUGCCUGAUGACUACAGCAAAGGAAUCAUGCAUGCAAAGCACCUGGUCAAAUUUAAAGCCUCAGAAGCCCAGGAGUUAGAGAUGGCCAGGAUGGCACGGCCUUGCUCCACGAUGACCAGUGCCAAGGGACGGGAGGAGAAACUGCGAGAGGCUGCCAGUAUCCACAUCCGAUUGGGCCAGGUCCAUCGAUACUGCGAACUCAUGGUGGAAAUUCACGAGUGGGAGAAAGCCUUAUCUAUUGCCCCUGCUGUGUCUAUGGAUUACUGGAGAAAGCUCUCGGAAAGAUAUGCAAAUUUCCUGGCCUCCGAGAGCAGUAACGAUUGUGUGCCUUAUUACAUUGCUACGGGAAAUAUCCAAAAACUGGUGGACUUCUUCAGCCGACAUAACCAGCUGAAAGAUGCCAUGCUGGUGGCGCAAGUCGCAUGUGAGGAAGGCAUUGAACCCGCAACAGAGCGUGUCCAACCCAGUGUACCCAGCGUGGACCAGAACGGCCUGCAGGAACAAUCAGAGGAGAACGUCCGGUGCCUAAACGACGUGAGCUGCAAUCUGGCCAAGCUGUACUUUCAGGAUGGCCACCCUAUCAUGGCUGCAUGCUGCCAUAUGGCCGUGGGAAACACAAGGUACGCCCUCUCGAAACUGAUUCGUGGCCAUGAGCUAGAGCUAGCCAUAAGUGUUGGCAGGGCACUAGAGGGCAGCAGACACCCAGAUCUGAUCUCCAUGGCAGCACAAUACCUCACUCUGCGCUGCCAGAGGAUGGACAAAUGGGACCUUGGUCUGGACAUACUGAACACACUCCCCGACCACGAAGGCUCGAUGGUCAACUUGUGUGCGCGUUGCGUGUCGUGCAGCACAGAGGUCAACUUCCUCCACCAAAAGGCUGGCCUUCCCAGCUUGACCGAAUGCACAGCAAAGGCCCAGGAGUUGGAGGCAAAUGGGGACGUGGAGUGUGUCAAGUACUACCUCCUAUCCACUACGCCGGAACGAGCACUGGAACUGGGAAUCAGCAAAAUCACUGAUAAAAUGUGCGAAAGGAAUUGGACGUUACAAGACGUGUUACCCAUGAUCACGCUACUGAGCAAUAUACGCAAUGAUGUGCUGUUACAGAAGAGCGCUACAAAAGAGAGAACUGAGCUGUUGAUCUUGAGUCAUUACCUCGGAGCCCUGAGAGCAAUACGUAGAGGCUAUCAUAGCAUUGUGGUGCCCCUGCUUGAAAAGUCAAGGAGCAUGUUGAUGAAGAAAGACCUGGACACGGAAGUUGAUGUGCCUUUGACUGAGGAACAGGUGCAAAGUGAGCUGGAUGCGUGGACAGCACAAAGGCAGUAUGAAGAAAGGAAAGCAAGCUCCCCUGACACCAGGCCUCUCAGCGAAGCCCAGACAGCUGUCUACAAUGUGCUCAUCCAGCGGGUGGGGGCCGAGGAGACGGAGCUAGAAUGUGGCAUUGACCUGGUGGCCGGAUCACGGCUUCCAUGCCACUCUGAUGUCCACAUGUCUUUCCUGACGGGUGCCAGGAUUCAGGGUCCUGUGUUUUUCCUAGAGGAUGGCAAGUCUGCUAUCGCUCUCAACGAUGCCCUGAUGUGGGCCAAGGUUAACCCUUUCUCCCCGCUGGGAACCGGUGCAACCAUGAAUCCAUUCUGAUGAUGGGUACCAGCCAUAUCAUAAACCUUCAGCCUCUUCAUAAGGAAGGUGUGACAGAGAAAACACAAUAUCUCCUGGAUGGAGAUUUCUCCUCCUGACUUCACUGACUGACCAGGGCAAUCCACAAGGCAAUCUUGUUAUCAAUACUAAAUACCACAUUCUGUGGUUUUGUAAAAAAGCAAAACUGGCCUUUUGAAGUUUCCCUCAAGAAUACUAUGCUUUGCAAGAAACUGAAACCUUAGUGUAAAUUAUGCAUUUUUUAGAUAUGAAUCUGUUAAAAAUUCCGAUGACAGAAAAGUCACCUUUCAAUUUUGGGGCAAACUUCAGUUUCACCCGGGACAUUAUCCCAGUGAAAUAUAUUUAUGUAUCCUACUGAUUAACAGUGUGCAAGAUGUUUUGAAAGACCACUACUCAUAGUUGAAUAUGACUCGCACUUUCUACAGCAGGUGACUGUCAGUGCCCAGUGUAAUCUGUACACAGGUCAUCUGAUGCUUUGUAUAGCCAUCAACAGAAUGCACAGUAAUAGCUGAAGACACUCAUAGAGUUAGAGAUUGCCCACCUAGGCUUGGAGAGCUUAGAUUGUGCAGUCCCGAGUCUGUGCACAGGGGGUCACGGGGUUGCAUCUUGUUUGAGUUUUCUUUGUGCAACUGAAGAUAGCUGUGGAUUUGUUUACUGUGUGUUUGUUGUUAUGUUGCAUUUGUUUGGUUGCCUUGUGUGAAGUGACAGAACUUGUAUAUUGCAGCCUUUUGGGGGGCCAGAACUCCAGUGGCCAGUGUUUUUAUUUGUGGUGAAAUUUUUGUAUGCCAAGCAGGUGCAGUGUUCAUUUAGACUUACCUAUUUUUAGCUUAUAUUGAUGACAACAGACCAGACACCGUCAUUCUUAUUUGUUCAUCUCUUAGUGGAGCUGGUAUUAGAGUCAUUGAACUGGUACUUCAUCUAAAUUUUCCUUGAAACUAAGAAAAGUCACUGUGUUCUUUCCAAAUUAUGAAACUUAGUUCUUUAGGUUACAAAUCUGUUACCACGGUGACUGUGGCUAUGCAGUUUUCUGUAAAAUUUAGAAUGUGAAUAGAAAUUCCAAAAAUCGCUUUAGUUUCUUUUUAGAGUUUUGGGAACAUUGUGAAAUAGGAACUGAAUGAAAAGGAUGUUGUUUCAGUAUAACAUGAGAUUAGGUAGGCAGUGUCCACUCACUGAAUUAUUUUACAGUAAACACGGGUAAAUUUCAUCCAGCUGUAAAGCAAAUUCUCUGACCACUGAAAAGCUUGCCUAGUGUACACUGGCGAACUGCCAAGCUGUAAUGCAGUCUUGCAUUUGUGUGAUUGGUAUUCAGCUACUUUCUGCGUGCACAAAUUGUCCAAAUGGUGUUUCCUACUUGAAAGCAGCGCUGUGAGCAAUCCAAAUGGAUUGGCAA